GGAUCGUGAGCGCGAUCGCGAGAGGGCGCUAAUGCAUUCAACAAAAUGGCUCUUGCUGGAAAGCUGCGGCUUGCUCGGAAGAUAAUCCCAAGUCCCUUUGCUAGAAGAUGUCUGGGUACUUCUUCCCCGGCUUCUGCUCAGCAAACGGUGAGAGAUGCCCUCAACUCGGCCCUGGAUGAGGAGAUUGCCCGGAAUGACAAAGUUCUCCUAAUGGGUGAAGAAGUGGCCCUCUAUGAUGGUGCGUACAAGGUCUCCAAGGGGCUCCAUGCCAAGUGGGGCGAUAAGAGGGUUAUUGACACACCCAUCACUGAGAUGGGCUUCGCUGGCAUCGCUACCGGAGCUGCAAUGGCUGGUUUGAGACCUGUAUGUGAGUUUAUGACCUUCAAUUUUGCCAUGCAAGCCAUUGAUCAGGUUAUCAAUUCUGCAGGGAAGACUUUCUACAUGUCAGCUGGUGCGGUUCCAGUGCCCAUUGUAUUCAGAGGUCCUAACGGAGCUGCAGCAGGUGUGGCCGCUCAACAUUCACAGUGCUUCGCUGCAUGGUACGGCCAUGUACCAGGUCUCAAGGUCAUCAGUCCCUUCUCAUCAGAAGACUGUAAAGGACUCCUCAAAGCUGCUAUCAGAGAUGAUAACCCAGUGGUAUUCCUUGAGAAUGAGCUCUUGUAUGGCAGGCCAUUUGAGAUGUCAGAAGAGGCCAUGCAGGAUGACUUCGUUCUACCGAUUGGAAAGGCCAAGAUUGAGAAAGAGGGGACACAUGUGACACUUGUUGCUCACAGUAUGGGUGUGUUGAGGUCACUUGAGGCUGCACAAAUUCUAGCUGAAGAUGGAAUAUCUUGCGAGGUGAUCAACCUGCGAACCAUCAGACCUAUGGACGAGGAAGCCAUCUUCAACUCAGUCAAGAAAACCAAUCAUCUUGUUACCGUCGAAGGAGGGUGGCCACAAUUUGGAGUCGGCGCUGAAAUCAUCGCUAAAGUCAUGGAAAGUGACGCAUUUGACUACUUGGACGCACCUGUUGUAAGAGUCACCGGCGCUGAUGUACCCAUGCCCUAUGCAGCCUCAUUGGAACAGGCCAGUCUUCCUCAAGUCACUAACAUCAUUAAUUCCGUCAAAAGGAUACUGAAUGUAGGUGCUGCCCAGGGGCAAAUGAAGAGUUAACAGAAUAUAUAAAAGAAAUAUAAGUUAUAUAUAAAUGAUAUAAUCGUGAAAAUAGUUUAUUGGAACUCUUUGAGUGCAACUCUCAAGUUAACUGGAAACUGUGGGUUGCAUUGACUAUGCAGUUUCCACUUAUGACUUUGAGCCAGUUUUUUUAGAUCCAAGCCCAUGCAGCUUCGAUCUGGGGAGCGUUUCAUCCAAGUUUUUAGAUCUGACAACUUUCCUUGGUUUUGAUUGGCUGAAAGGCACAGAUGUCCGACUUUUACUAUGGUAACUGUCAGAUGAAAUAGGCUUUGUUGGAUAAAACAUUUGAAAAUUCCUCUUAAGAAGCGCUCCUUUGAUUUCAGCGCUUGAGUCCGUUUGAAAACGAAAAAGAGGUUCAUUGAAUAUGCAUAUUUAUUAUUAUGUCUUUUCUCCUUUAGCUUUGCUGUAAAUGAGUAUGAAUCACUCUUUUAUCAAUAAGAAUUGUUUAAGAAUAUAUAUAGGAAAAUGAGCAGUUUAGUCACAUUAAAUAAUAUGUAAUUCUUUGGAAUAUACAUAUCCUUAUUAACUGGCUUUUCAUGUAAACUGUUCCAUUUUUUUCUAUAUGAAGUGUUGGUAUGUUUUUCACAGUUUUGUGGUCUAUCUCCUUUUGUAAAUGGGUUUGUGCUAUGUGCACAUGGAAUGGUUUUGAAUUCUGCUCCAAAAAGUGGAAACAGACUUGAAGUUUUGACAUACAGACACACAUUCAGAAGGUUUGAAAGUCCUCAAACUCCUGCUCGGUCCUGAAGAUAAUGCAUAUGUGUAUUCACCAAACUGGCUGGUAAUGUACUCUUUAUCCAACAAGUUUGAUGUAUUUAUGUAUACCAUGCAAUGCCAGUAUUAAAAUAUGAUGAACUCUCCUAAAGUCAGGUACUGGUGGAACACAGAUCUCAUUGUGACCUUUGUAAUUUGACUUUGUGAAUAUCAUACAUUUAGCCUAAUCUGUUCUUCAAACUUAGUCUGACUUUAUAGUUGACUAUUCAUCCUGUAAAAGGUCAACUUAGAGUUUGCACUAAUCUUAAUAUAUGUAUUUUAUUUAUGAUGAUUAACUCUUUUUACAGAGAAGCUAACUUGGAUUCCUUUCCUGAAAUAUUUCAGUUUAAAUACUGCAAACGACUGUAAAAGUGAUUUGGAAUUCGACAGAAAGGGAAACGUUAGAAUAUAAUUAUUGCAUUAUUUGUCUUGUGUGCUCUCAGCAGUUUUGUCAUAAACCUUUGUUAACCCUUGUUUCUUUGUUCUUGUAUUUGAGCUUACUGCUCAAUAAUUUAAUUGAUGUCUCACACAGCUGGGGUAGUAUUCUGAGAUCCUUUUUAUCUCUGAUAAAUUUUGAAAAGUGAUAUCUGUUAAAAUCAGUGAGAGACAAUAUCUUUAAAUAUCCUCAAAUUGAUAUUCUGAGAACCAUUUCAUCUUUAUUUUAUGUCUAUUAAAUGCACCUAUUUGUUUACUUCUUGAAGUAACGUUGGCACAAGUAAACCAUCUGCAUUUCAGUGGAUAGAUACGGGACACAGGCACUGCUCUGUUGCGAAUCAUCUUUGGAUAUGCAAGAUAAAAAAAUUCUCAGAUAAAAUAUAUUUUAUCUGGGAGAUGAAAGAAAAUGGUCCUUUGAUUAGCUUGGCAGUUGCUUGCUGUUGUUCUCCCAAGGUGGUACAGACGUGUGUCACCAGAGGGCAGCAUAUUGAUCAAAGUCAGUGUUAACACAUCUAGUAUGUGAAAAGUCACAAGGGAUGCAUGAUAUCUAAAUUAAGUGAAAACAUGUAUUUUACCACAAUUUGAUUAAUGCUUCAUGGAAAGCUGAGUAAAUUAUUGUAUCGUGAUUUUAGGAUUGUUAGAAAUCAGAAGAAAAAUUUGAUAAACUGGACAAGAAAGGGAGAAAAGGAAGAAUGACUGUUUUAAUAAAAGUUAAAACUGAAUUGUCAA